CACAGACAACCCUUCCGCAAACAAGCUUUUUGGGCAGGGUCUCUCCACCCACACUCCGCUCUCUCUUCACCCCCUCCCACUACCAGCACCACCACCUCGCCCCGCCCCUCCUUCUCCUGCGAGCUCGCUAUCGCGAACCGAAAUGUCCAACCCCCGCGUCUCCGCCCUCGCGUCCGAAGAACGCCCCUACGACGACUCAAAAAGCCCCACUCGCUCAAAAUUAGUCCGCUAUGCUGAAUCAGCUACCUGGAUAGUUAUCGCUCUCGCCUCUGGUUACUUUGCCAACCUAGCCGACGCAUUACAGAAUUACGGCUAUGGACUCCCAUUCUACCUCCUCUUCACCUCCCUGGCGGGCUUCAUCAUCAUCUUCAUCUACCUGCAAUUCUACGUGCCCAUGAAAACGGGUUCACGCGUGGAUCUAUCGAAAUGGGAAACACAGGCUCGACUACCUGUUCAGAUUGCGACCGCGUUUGGAACCCUGUCGAUGUUGUCGUCGUGUUGGAUGUUGUGGCCGGCGUACGGGUUUCUGAGCCCGCCGUUGGUGUUUGUGCUGUUUAUGGGUGGGUUAAGCUUUAUUGGAUUAUUCUGAGGGGGGCGAUGAACGGAUGAUGAGCAAGAGGGAGGUUCAACAUUAGGGUGUGAGGAAGAUGGAAAAUGGUUAAUGAAGCGCCUAAUGGACGGGAGGAAAGCGGCGAUUGGGCAAGAUGUGACCCGCCGACCGCAUAGAGCAUUUGUUCUAUGAGGCGAGGGGCAAGGAUCCGAGCAACAUCGACAGUGGGCGAGCGUGGAGGGAGCAUUGAAUUAAUGGGUCGGUUGCCGUACGGGAUCCAUGGCGAGCUUUGUUCGCAGGGAGGGGUAUUUAUCGACUUCAAUUCAGUUUGCUAUGCAAGCUUUUGUACAUAACAUAGAGCUGAUGCCAUUACAGCACAUAUACUUAUGCA